AUGCUUCACGGUCCGCGACAUAACCAGUCACCGGGAGCUCUUGGAGUCUUUGUCAACGACGACGCAGCUGCCCAUGCACUGCGGCAACAAGAAGCUAGAGCAAGAUAUAACCACCAACGAUUUCUUGAGAUUGAACAUCAGGUCGAACCACCUCCCCUACCUACCACGAUCCAAUCACCAAUCCACUCUUCGAUUCUUCGAUUGUCAAAAACUCUCAGUUCCAACAGCACAAGCAUGUAUCGAAACACCCAUCGCCGCCAAAACCCUCUUUCGUCCAGAGGCCGCGACCAGCACGAGAUUCCCUACCACCAUAUCGAGCAGAUGGUUGUCGAAAUACUUUCCAACAUCAGAGAGCGUGAAUCUCGAGGCCUAGGCGCUGGUGGUCGAUCCGACUGGGCACCCAACUACCCCCACAACUACGACCCUCAAAGCGCUCUUCCACAACAAAGCUUUGCACGGGAGAACGGCCGACGAGAGCAACAAGCCAUGAGACGUACUGACCAAACCCAUCACUCGAGAGCAGGUAUGGCAGGACAAGGCAAGGAAGGAGAGCCGCUCGGCAAAGCCAUGAAGAAGUUGCACAAGUGGCUUGUAGAUGUUGAAAAUGCCUAUGGUGAAUUUCAAGGAGGCUUCGAUGAAGAUACCAAAGAAGUCAAGAGAUAUGCGAAGACGACUUCGUUGGUUGAUCUCUGGCGCCGAAAAUUUGAAGGAAAGAAUGUCGGGGUGCCUGGUGAAGAUGAGGCUGAACAGGAUGAACAGACCGAGGAAUUCGCGGAGAGACACAGCACUAUGAAACAGAAGUUGGCUGCGGCGAUGGAUACUGCUAUUCUUGCCAAAGCUGGCGAGAUCAAGGGCUUAGGUGCAGCAAUUCGACACGAGAAUGUCAGCCGUCUCAAAGAGAAGGUCGAAACAGCAAAGUUCCACAUCAUGGAUGUCAUGGAGAAGAUGCCAAGAGACCGCGAAUUUUGCGUGGCACUGCUGAGUGAGCUCGCUGUGCUGAAGCAGAUCAUUGAUCCGGAACAAGAGGCAACCAAGAAGCUGUACCAAGCAGGAGUUGCCGAUGGAACCGGUGAUGCCGACGAGGACGAGAUCGGAGGGGUGGGCGGAGGUAGCUGGGAAGAAUGA